GUUGUAGAUUGGCCCUUAUUUGGAAAUAUGGGGGCAUUUAUAUGGACACAGACAUAAUUUCCAUUCGACCUGUUCCAGAAGACAACUUUCUGACAGCAGAGGCUCAAGAAGUGUUAAAUAAUGCUGUUUUAGGACUACCUGCUCAUCACAAUUUCACAUGGAACAGCAUGGAGGAUUUUGUGAAGAACUACAAAGGAAAUGUGUGGGGAAAUCAAGGCCCCCAUCUCUUUACACGGGUUCUGAAGAAAUUUUGUAACAUUUCUAGAUUUGAAAGUGUACAAGAUCUUGUAUGUAAAAAUGUCUCCUAUUUAUACCCACAGCGUUACUAUCCUAUCCCGUAUGCAUCUUGGAAGAAAUAUUAUCAGGCAUGGGAAAAGUUUCCAACAUUUGAUGAGAGCUAUGCUUUGCAUAUCUGGAAUAAAAUGAAUAAGCAGAAAAAAACUAUGGUACCUGGGAGUAAAACACUGAUGGAACAUCUCUACCAACAGCAUUGCCCAACCACAUAUGGAGCUAUUGUGAGAAAUGAAAGUAUUUAUACUUUCAUCAAUUUACAUCAAAGUAUAUAGCAAAUAUCUAUAUGUCUAUAAAAAUGGAUAUCUAGAUGGAUACAUCUAAACGCAAAGACUAACAAACAGUGUAUGUUAAUCAGCUUCCGAUAAUAUGCUAGUACAUUAUGCACCCUAUAGAAUCAUAUGAUUUUUGCACUACUGAGCAUUAUACAUCUUUUGAAAACAGCACACAAACACCUCAAUCAGAAAACAAAUAUAUAAUAUCAAUCCAUGGCCUGACUUAACAUUAAAGAGGAUCAGUUAAAAAAAUCGAUACUUUUUCAUCAGGAUUUGUCUAGACACUUUUACUUUAACUAUUAAGGGAGGGAGACCAGCAACGAUUAUGUGUUUUACCACUGUUGUGCUUGUGUGGGAUUGGAGCCUGUGCCACUGAUUCUAGUUUGAAGUUUGUGACGUGGCUAGGUUAUUAUUGUGUUUAGUCACUGCCGAAAGAUUUCAUAUAAUUAUUCCGUAUUCAAAGACAUUUUGGCAAACAUAUCUCAUAUGUGUCCUGUAUCUUCUGUUGGAGCUCUACUUAACCCCCAGUGCUUAAAAGCUUGAAUAGUAAAAUAGUGUGUUAGAGUCCCAUUUGUGUGUGGAUCCUAAUUUGACAUACAGAAUCUUUAUUAUCAACACCAUGGGUUGGAACAAAUAACUGGUAGAAUUCAACAGGAAAAUAGAAACUCAGAAAGUCAUAGAUUGAGGUGAAGAAAGAGAAUAAUUCCAAUACUGUUGAUGUGUCCUGUCAUUUCUUCAGUUUUGCUUCCAGAGUGCAUAUAGAAAAUUAUAAUGAACAUUGACUAUUGACUUCAGCUCCACGCUCCUGACGACAUUAUUUUUGUAAUCCCAUUGCUGGUCUGUCUCCACUGGGAUACUGACUUUCACUUGUGACAAGAGAUGACACUUGUCUAAUUUGUGAUUAAGAUUUACUCUGUUGGGGGAGCUUCGGAAGUAGGACCAAGGUUAGUUGAAGAGAUCAUACAGGGAAUACCACUUCAUAACUACUUUCUAUAAUAUGUAUUAAAUAUAUACUAGACUUGUGCAUGGUGAAAAUAUUUGGUAAUGCCAAACAUUUUUUCAGUUAAAAAGGCUAUCUAUCUUGCAUUCAAAGUUGGAAACUGCAGUAACUUGGCAGGUACAGAAGUAACCUAAACCUAACCAGUCUCACACUAAGAUCAAUGACACAGGCUAUCUAUUAUACCCACCCAGAUAUCGUAGGGGUAAAACUCACAAUAUCACUCCUGAUCUGUCUUCCUCAAUAGCUGCAGUCUGAGUGUUUGAAACAAUCCUGCUUGAAAGUAUAGCUUUUUUUACUGCUCCUCUUUAUUUUCCUCUAUUGGUCACUUCUCACUUGACAUGUGAAUAAAAUCAACAUUUAAUGACUGUCUCUUAGCCAUCAAUCAUCUUUUUUUUAACCUCAUUUUGGUUGCUUCCUGAUGCGUCCAUAUGGUGCUCAAUAUUCACUCUUGGAGCUGCAAACGAAGUAUGACUUACCAAACUCAUUACCUGCAACUCAAAAGCAUAAUAUCCACCUAGGUAUACAUUUCAGAAGAGAUGACCCGAUCUCAAUCUAGCUACAUGCAAUUGCUCUAUGCUAGAUGCAGUCAUAGUCCUACCAAACCCAAAGCCCUAUCUCUACUAUCUCUACUAUGUUACACAGCAAUAGAAAGUACACACACAUAUAUAUAUAUAUAUAUAUAUAUAUAUAUAAACAUAUAUAUAUAUAUAUACAAUGCUCAAAAAAAUAAAGGGAACACUUAAACAACACAAUGUAACUCCAAGUCAAUCACACUUCUGUGAAAUCAAACUGUCCACUUAGGAAGCAACACUGAGUGACAAUCAUUUUCACAUGCUGUUGUGCAAAUGGGAUAGACAACAGGUGAAAAUUAUAGGCAAUUAGCAAGACACCCCCAAUAAAGAUGGGGGGCCGAUGAUCCCUUGUUUCCUUACAGAAUACCGUAGUGAUACUCUGGACUCCAAACGGAGAAUGGUAGAAAAAACAAUGUUUUUAUUGAUAAAAGGUGUAAAAAACACCUUCAAUAUAAAAUUGUAAUAUAAAAAACAAGCAGUAGGUCCUACGCGUUUCGUUCUCUAAAGAACUUCCUCAGGGACCAUGACAGUAAAUAAAAUCAAAGCAUGAAAUUACAGCAUGUAAAAAAACAUCCUAUUCCCCCCAUCACCAAGUCCUCUUUAAAUAGGGCUAAUCCCUAUGUCCAUUGGUGGUUCCAUGGGUGGUGUCAAUCCUCUAUCUCCUGAUUGGCCUCACAGGGGAACUUCUCAGCUGAUUAUUAUGCUUAUUCCAGCGUUGAAAUCAAAUUUGGCGCGUCCAUAUAAUCGAAACCGGAAGUGUGUAUUAUUCCGUACGUCCGCGUUCCAUAUGCGUGCCACGUGCGUUCCACCUGCGUUACACCUGCGUUACACCUUCGAAUUACUUCAAUAUCAUUAGGUGAUCAUAAAAAAUCAACACAGAGCAGUAUAUUGAACAACCUCUAGAAGGAAAAAUAAAUUAAUAACUUCAUAACUAUUAAAGAAGUGUUAUAUUUUAAUAAUUGAUAUUAACAUCUUCAGACUAUAGUUCAAAAAGGCUCUAGUCUUAAAGUGAAAUUUAUAUAUAUAAAAUUUAAAGGUGUAUGGUCUAAUUACCUCAAAAAAUCUUAAUUAAUGUUAAAAGAAUAUGUAGUAAUAUACAAAUUCUAUACCAUAAACAAAAAGAAUCCCAAUAGAGGUUACUAAGUGAUUAAUAUUAAACCCUAAUAUCAAAUAAUAAGCAUAUCAUAUUAUGUUCCCAUUGACAAUCUCCAUUAUUUGAAUCCAAUUGAGAUCAUCUGGGACAUCAUGUCUCGCUCCAUCCACCAAUGUCACGUUGCACCACAGAUUGUCCAGGAGUUGGAAGAUGCUUUAGUCCAAGUCUGGGAGGAGAUCCCUUAGGAGACCAUCCGCCACAUCAUCAGGAGCAUGCACAGGCGUUGUAGGGACGUCAUACAGGCACCACGUGGAGGCCACACAUACUACUGAGCCUCAUUUUGACUUGUUUUAAGGACAUUACAUCAAAGUUGGGUCAGCCUGUAGUGUGUUUUUCCACUUUAAUUUUGAGUGUGACUCCAAAUCCAGACUUCCAUAGGUUAAAAAAAUUUGAUUUCCAUUUUUUAAUUUUUGUGUGAUUUUGUUGUCAGUACAUUCAAUUAUGUAAAGAACAAAGUAUUUCAGAAGAAUAUUUAAUUCAUUCAGAUCUAGGAAGUGUUAUUUUUGUGUUCUCUUUAUUUUUUUGAGCAGUGUGUAUAUAUAUAUAUAUAUAUAUAUAUGUCUCAAGGUUCCUUGCACUACAUGCUUUAAUGAUAUAUUGGCUUACAUGCUGGGUGCUGGAUCCAGGUCAUAAAUAUCCAGAUAGUUCAAAGUAUGGUCCGCACUCCAGGCUCCGUUUAAAAAAAUAACUUUUAUUCUUGCAUCAAAGUUAAAAAUUGUAUGCCAAAAGUCAACGUUUCAGGCCCGCCGCAUGGUGCAUCCGUGGCCGACCGGCAUGACCUCGCCGAUAUAGCGAGCUUACCUGCCCGUUGGCGAGCCGGGAACCGCUCGUCCACGUCUUCUGGGCUGUGCGCCCAAAUCAAAGAUGGUGGUCACGCACAUCACAAGCCCCGCCCCUCAAAAUUAUUUUGACAUGUACGUGACGUCAUGACGUCACACUCUGACCAAUCAGAGACCAGAGAGGGAUAUUUAAAUCCCUAAUUCACUCCAGUUCCUUGCCCUGUCGUGGAUUCCUGUUCAUGGUUCCCGAGAGUGCGUUUAUCCUUGUGAUUCUGAUUUCCUGGUAUUCUGAUCUUGGCUUUUCCUGGUUAUUCCGAUUUCUGGUUCCCCUGACUUUGGCUUGUUUAAACGGUAUUUGAGUAUUUUUGGCUUCCCUGACCUCGGCUUUCCCUUUGACCAUUCUCUAUCUCUAGCGCAUUAGUCCGGCCAUUCUAAGGACCCGUUUAUGCUCUGUCCUUUUAUUUUUCCUUCCUUUUUCUAUGUAUAUGUUUACAUGUUUCUGCGUGUUGGACCACACUAGCAGUCGUGACAGGGACUUUCAUCAGGACAGCAUAAACAUACAUCUAAAUACCAUAACAUAUAUACAAGUACUAAAUAUUUUAACUUACCCCAGGUGAGGUGCCGCCCAUGUCUAACAGUUCACUGUGCACAUGUGCAAAACCACCCCCAUUCAUGCCAUAUUAUUAUUAUUAUUAUUAUUAUUAUUAUUUUAUUAUUUAUAUAGCGCCAACAAAUUCCGUAGCGCUGUACAAUGGGUGGACUAACAGACACAUAAUUGAGAUCAGACCACUGACGUACAGGAACAGAGGGGGUUGAGGGCCCUGCUCGAUGAGCUUACAUGCUAGAGGGAGUGGGGUAUAGUGACACAAAGGGUUAAAGUAGGGGAAUUAAAUAGUUUGUUACAGAAGGGUUUAUUGAGUGCUUGGUAGGUCAUUUUUGACAGGUGAAGGAACGGAGUCAUGGGGUGGGGGAUGAGAAACCUGCUGACAGUUUAAUUGAUACGCUUUAAUGAAGAAGUGAGUUUUCAAAGAUUUUUUGAAGGAAUGGAGGCUGGCUGAAAGUCUGAUUGAGGAGGGAAGGGAGUUCCACAGAAUAGGUGUAGCCCUGGAGAAGUCUUGAAGGCGAGCAUCAGAGGUGGGGAUCUGGGCAGAGGAUAGGAGUAGGUCUUGGGCUGAGCGCAGGGGUCUCGACGGGACAUACUUGUGUAUGAGGGAGGAUAGGUAUGUUGGAGCAGCAUUAUGUAGGGAUUUGUAAGCAAGCGCCAGAAUUUUGAAUUGGGCCCUAUAUCUAACUGGAAGCCAAUGCAGGGACUGACAGAGCGUGGAGGCGUGGGAGGUGCGACCGGACAGGAAAAUAAGCCUUGCAGCCGUAUUCAUUAUAGAUUGCAGCGGUGCAAGCUGGGAACAUGUAAGACCGGUGAGAAGGGGAUUGCAAUAGUCAAGGCGAGAGAGAACAACAGCAUGAACCAGUACCUUAGCCGCGUCCGGCGUUAGAUAUGGGCGGAUGCGCGCUAUGUUCUUGAGUUGGAAGCGACAGGAUUUGGCUAUCGAUUGAACAUGGGGAGUAAAAGAGAGAUCAGAAUCAAAAAGAACUCCUAGGCAGCGAGCCUGGGAGGUAGAGGUGAUAGUAGCGCCGUUGACUUGGAUGGCGACAGACACAGGAGUAGCAGCACUUGAGGGAGGAAAAACUAGAAGUUCUGUUUUGGACAGGUUGAGUUUAAGGAAGUGAGCAGCCAUCCAGUUGGAAAUAGCAGAGAGGCAGUCAGAAACACGAGUCAAGGUGGGCGGAGAGAGAUCAGGGGAAGACAGGUAGAUUUGCGUGUCAUCUGCAUAUAAAUGGUAUUGGACGCCAAAAGAGCUGAUGAGUUUACCAAGGGAGGCAGUAUAGAUAGAGAACAGUAGGGGGCCGAGGACAGAACCUUUCGGGACGCCGACAGGGAGGGGUUGGGGAGAAUAGGCAGAGCCAGAGAAAGAAACACUGAAGGAGCGCUGGGAGAGGUAGGAGGAACACCAGGAGAGAGCAGAAUCCCGUAGACCAAAGUUACGGAGAAUGUGAAGAAGCUGUUGAUGAUCAACAGUGUCAAAGGCGGCAGAAAGAUCAAGGAGGAUUAGGAUAGAGUAUUGGCCGCGAGAUUUAGCAGCAAUUAAAUCGUUGGAUACUUUGGUCACAGCAGUUUCGACAGAGUGACCAGCGCGGAAUCCAGACUGAAGGGGGUCAAGCAGAGAGUUGGAUUCAAGAAAGUCUGUCAAUCUGGCGUAGACAACUCUCUGAGGAUCUUGGAGGCAAAUGGCAGUAGUGAGAUAGGGCGGUAGUUGGAUGGGGAGUUGGGAUCAAGGUUGGGCUUUUUCAGAAUUGGGGUUACGGUUGCAUGUUUGAAGGCAGAGGGAAAUGUGCCAGAGGAAAGGGAGAGAUUGAAAAUGUUAGCGAGAGGAAGAGCAAGAGCAAGAGAGGGAGACAAAGUGCGGAUGAGAUGCGAGGGAAUAGGAUCAAGGGAGCAGGUGGUGGGGCGGGAGGACAGGCGCAGAGCAGAAACCUCUUGUGCUGUAGCAGGUGCAAAUGAGCUUAGGAUGACAGGGGGAGUGGGGUUGGGUGGUGUAUUGAUACUGUUUGGAGAAAGAUUAGAGAUCUCUUUCCUGAUUGUAGAGAUCUUCUCAGUGAAAUGAGAUUCAAAGUUUGUGGCGGACAAGGUGGUGGAAGGAGGGGGAGUCACAGGGCGAAGAAGUGCAUCAAAAGUGUGAAACAGGUGUUUGGGUUGGUGGGACAGUGUGCUUAUGAGGGUGUUGAAGUAGCUUACUUUUGCAGAGGAAAGAGCCAUGCUGUAGGAGCGCAGCAUAAAUUUAUAGUGGACAAAGUCAGAUGCAAAGUGAGACUUUCUCCAGCAGCGUUCAGCAGUUCUGGAACAUUUUUGGAGGUAACGGGUCAGCUUGGUGUGCCAGGGUUGUAGUUGGGGGCGCUUGCUGCGUUUAACUGUAGGAGGUGCCAUGAUGUCAAGUUGAGAGGAGAGAGUGGAGUUGUAGAGUGAGAUUGCAGAGUUAGGGCAGUUGUGAUUUGAGAUGGGUAAAAGGAGUGUUUGGAGUUUAGUGGAGAAGUGCUGGAGAUCGAGAGAGUUGAGGUUUCUGCGAGGUUGGAGAGUGGACGGUGGUGAGAUUUUGGUAUGGGGUAUGCAGAUGUUAAAUGUUAGCAGAUGGUGGUCAGACAAAGGAAAUGGAGCAGUGGCGAGAUCAGAGGUGGUACAGAGAUUGGUGAAGAUGAGGUCAAGAGUGUUUCCUGCAGUGUGAGUUGCUGAGGAAGAAAUCUGUGUGAGUCCAAAGGAGGAGGUUACAGAGAGCAAACGAGAGGCAUCAGGGCAAUUGAGCUUGUUGAUAGGGAUAUUGAAGUCCCCAAGUAUGAGAGAGGGAGUGCUAGAGGAAAGAAAGUGGGGUAACCAGGAGGAAAAGUGUUCAAUGAAUAGUUUAGGGUGACCGGGGUGGGGGGUCGAUAGAUGAUGGCAAUUCUUAAAGGAGUGGGCUUAAAAAGUGUGAACUUCAAAGGAAGUAAAGGAUAGGGCAGGGGCAGGGAGGAUAGGUUGAAAGGUACAUUGAGGGGAGAGAAGGAUGCCUACACCACCUCCUUUACAGUCAAGUCUAGGAGUAUAGGAGAACUGUAGACCACCGAAACAUAAAGAAGCAGGAGUAGCGGUAUCGGAUGGAGAUAGCCAGGUCUCAGUGAGUGCCAGUAUUGUGAGAGAGUUAGAGAUGAGGAGGUUAUGUAUAGCUGUAGAUUUGAUAUUACUACAAAUGGAGCGAGCAUUCCAGAGUGCACACUGAAUUUUGGUAGAGGAGGAUAGACUGCAGGGUAUUUGGAGGAGGUUUGCAUGGUUUCUGGUUAUUUUAGUGUGAGCAGAUGAGGUGAGGGGCCCUGGGAUGGGAGAGACGUCACCAGCUGCCAGAAGUAGGAGGAGAGAGAGAGAGACAGGAGGUGUGAAUGGGUUUUAUAUGGGCGGCGACUAGGGUGAGAUUGGGUUAGAGCAGGAGAGAGAGAAUAGAGAAAUUAGUGCAGGGCUUGAGAUGAGAGAAGGGGGGAGUAUAGCAGAGAGUGAUUAAUGUAAAUGUUAGUGUUUUGUUGAGGGAAGUGGGUGGAAGGGGAUAUUUUGAUCCUUAGGGAGAUGAGAGAGAAGGAGAGGAGGAGAAUAUAGAGCAUUGCUCUGAUGGGUAGGUAAUUAGAGGGAAGGAGAAUGAGCAUAAGGGAGGAGAAGGAGUGAGUGUUAGGGGUUAAGAAGGUGGAUUGUGCUCAUUACGGGUAGUGUUUGCAGCUGCUAUUUGGAAUUAUCUAAAGUUGUGUGUGGGAUUCUAUCUAUAAAUGUAGUAAGGAACUUGGGGUGGGGUGGUGAGGGGAGGGGUGGGCGGGAAUCUGAGCACUGUUCAGGUUUGCUAGAAGUGGUCUUUUAAAACUCAGACUGUGGAAGACAGAGAUGAUAGGGUCAAAACAGGACUGCAAUAAAAGCUAUGGAAUGGAGAUGCACAGAGGAGGUGAGGAUUGGUCAAGCAAGACAUUCGGGUGGGUAUCAAUAAAAUAAGGGGGGGGGGAGAAGAAAUAACAGAGAAAAUCUUUAGAGAUAAGCAGGAUGUUGAAUAACAUUUAAGUUAACAAAACCAAUGUUGAGCAGGGCAGGGAGCAACUAGCUUUAGCAUGCAGGACAAGACAAACUGCAGAAUAUAUGUGUGUAUGAGCAAACACACACACACACAUAUAUAUAUAUAUAUAUAUAUAUAUAUAUACACACACACAUACAUAUAUAUAUAUAUAUAUAUAUAUAUAUAUAUAUAUAUAUAUAUAUAUAUAUACACACUAAAGAGCAAGCACGUCCAGUUAAGAUACAAUGACAAAGAAAUGGUGGUUAGAGAUAUAUAGUUUAAAAAUAUGCAAGGGGUUAAAAUUCAAUACAAUUAUAGUGUCCAGUAUUAAGGGUAGAUAGUUUCCUCCAUAGUCUACCUUGCAGAAACUCAGACAUGCAUAGGGCCUUUUGCUUCCAGCUGUAGGUGGAAGGAAAAGUGUAACCAUGUGAUGCUCGUUAUGCUCGUUGCCAGGGAGACGCUGGCUAGUUACUUCCUGGUGUCCGCCCCCUGGGUUGCACUCGCAACUCACUUCCGGGUGCGUUGUAUCCCGGCGUUUCCAUGGCAACCUAAUACAACUAAGAAGAAAGGAAAACAACUUUUACUAAAACCACGAAGAGUGUAGUACCACUUGGAUACUGAACUACAGUACCUCUAUCUGUAAAAUCAGAGUGCUUAAUAUAGUGGAUCUUAGUGACUUAAACCCUGAAAGUGCUGUGAUAAAAGUGGAAAGAUGCCAUGCCAGGCAUAUACUGAAUACCAGGUCCAUAGCCAAGAGGACCCCAUUAUAACUACACAUUAAUACAGGUACAUUUACCAUAUAACCCAUGAAAGUGUGCCAGAGAACCAUAAAAAAGAAGACUUAUAUACACAACAAAUAAUAAAAUAACUUCACACAUAGUAUAAAGCUGAAAAACAAUUCAUAUUAUUAAUGAGGCAAAUAUGUAUCACAUCUAAAUAUGAUUAGCAUAUGAGAAAAAAACUUGCUGUUACCCUAGUUUCUCCUGUAUCCAUCUAUCAUAUUGUGUAUACUUAAACUAUUGUCCCAGAGGGGCCAAAGUAUAUGAUCCAAAUGCAGAUUCAUUACCAUAACCACAACCUAAGAAUUAACUGGGGUAUCCACAAGGUCCAUGCCCUAUGAAUAUUCCAUGCUAUAUGGUUCUAUCAAAACAUAUUUAAUGUACCAUGUACCCCUAAAGAUAAAAGGGGUCACAGGGUCAAAGAAUCCCUAUGAAAACUACCCAGCUAGAUUACACGUAACCAUUGACAUACGGUAAACAUAGACGUCCACAAUAAUUUGUGAAAAUUAAUCAAGUGAUGGAGUAUCAAAGUAUGUGUAAAAGAAUAAAAAGUGCAUGCAGUGUCUAAGAAAUAUAUCAAUUAUAAUAUCAAGGUUAAAGUAAUUAGUAACCAUCCGAUUUUGAUACUAAUAGCCGUGUCGCUGUAUGUGCCAGCUAAAGUGAUACCAAAAAGUGACUGAGUGCAAUUAUGUACAUAAAAGUGCUGAAAAACAAUUAUUAUGGUGUGCAAAUAUAUACAAUAAAGUGCAUCCUAAUUCUUAAAUGUAUUUGAUUGUACCGUAUGGAACACAAGUCCUGCUACAGACCCAAUUAGAAAAAAAAACUACACCCUAAUAUAGCCUAACAUGUAGAAGAAUAUUAACAUAGAACCCAUAUAGAUAUAUACAAAGUAAUCCAAAUAGACCAACAUGAGGCGGCCAACUCGACCCCUAAAGUAAAAUCUAGGCAUAAGGGAAAAACAAUCUUAUUCGACCUCCAUAUUCAAAACAUUCUAUAACCAGUCAGCGCAUAGGGCUAUACAUUAAGGCUCAUUAUCUAAACCCCAGUUAAGUAAUAGCUGGAGACAUUCCAACAAGUAUGUACAGAGACCUUAACCCCUAUUGGAGAGUACCGACCAAGAAAUAUAUCCUAGGGCCAAACCAGCAAGUGUGCAUAAAGAUAUUUACAAAAAUGAACUCUAUGAGAGUUUUUCGUUAAGACCUGCCGGUGUCACCUUGAUAUUAUAAUUGAUAUAUUUCUUACACACUGAAUGCACUUUUUAUUCUUUUACACAUACUUUGAUAUUAAUUACUUGAUUAAUUUUCACAAAUUAUUGUGGACAUCUAUGUUUACCGUACGUCAAUGGUUAUGUGUAAUCUUCCUGGGUAGUUUUCAUAGGGAUUCUUUGCCCCUGUGACCCCUUUUAUCUUUAGGGCUACAUGGUACUUUAAAUAUGUUUUGAUAAAACCAUAUAGCAUGGAAUAUUCAUAGGGCAUGGACCUUGUGGAUACCCCAGUUUAUUCUUAGGUUGUGGUUAUGGUAAUUAAUCUGCAUUUGGAUCACAUAAUUUGGCCCCUCUGGGUCAAUAGUUUAAGUAUACACAAUAUGAUAGAUGGAUACAGGAGAAACUAGGGUCCCAGCAAGUUUUUUUCCCAUAUGCUAAUCCUAUUUAGAUGUGAUACAUAUUUGCCUCCUUAAUAAUAUGAAUUGUUUUUCAGCUUUAUACUAUGUAUGAAGUUAUUUUAUUAUUUGUUGUGUACAUAAGUCUUCUUUUUCAUGGUUCUAUGGCACACUUUCCUGGGUUAUAUGGUAAAUUUACACCUGUAUUAAUGUGUAGUUAUAAUGGGGUCCUCUUGGCUAUGGACCUGGUAUUCAGUAUAUGCCUGACAUGGCAUCUUUCCACUUUUAUCACGGCACUUUCAGGGUUUAAGUCACUAAGAUCCACUAAUUUAAGCACUCUGAUUUUACAGAUAGUGGUACUGUAGUUCAGUGCCCACAUGGUACUACACCCUUCGUGGUUUUAGUAAAAGUUGUUUUCCUUUCUUCUUAGUAGUUGCAUUAGGUUGCCCAGGAAACGCCGGGAUACAACGCACCCAAAAGUGAGUUGCGAGCGCAACCCAGGGGGCGGACACCAGGAAGUACCUAGCUGGCGUCUCCCAGGCAACAAGCAUAAUGAGCAUCACAUGGUUACACUUUUUGGUAUACGGUACGAACAGGGGUGGUUUUGCACAUGCGCACAGUGCACUGUUAGACGCGGGCGGCACCUCACCUGGGGUAAGUUAAAAUUUUUAGUACUUGUAUAUAUGUUACGGUAUUUAGAUGUAGGUUUAUGCUGUCCUGAUGAAAGUCCCGAGCUGGGACUGAAACGUUGACUUUUGGCAUACAAUUUUUAACUUUGAUGUAAGAAUAAAAGUUAUUUUUUUAUAAGGAGCCUGGAGUGCGGACCAUACUUUGAACUAUCUAUAUAUAUAUAUAUAUAUAUAUAUAUAUAUAUAUAGCUUGGUUGCUUCAUCUAAGUGUUGCUUCUAAGUGUGUAGUUGGAGAUAUUCUGGAAAGUUUUACAGAAGCUUCAACUGUCUAAGAGUUGUGCUAAGAGUUUUCUUUUCUACUGUUACAGGUAAGAUUCAUCUGUAGGAAAAGGUUACUGAUUGCACAAGGUUUGAAUUCCUGUUGGUAAUUAUAAGGCAUUUGAUUUGAUUAGUUAGUUACUUGCUAUUGAUUGCUGUUUAAAUUAGCUAUUGUUUGCAGAUGAGCAGAGGCCUCCCAGGUGUUAAACAUUCCUAGUGGGUGGUGAUUUUAGGAGUUAUAUAAGGGUUGUUGUCAUUAGCUUGGCUAAUAUAGCUUGGUUGCUUCAUCUAAGUGUUGCUUCUAAGUGUGUAGUUGGAGAUAUUCUGGAGAGUGUUGCUUCUAAGUGUGUAGUUGGAGAUAUUCUGGAGAGUGUGGCUUCUAAGUGUGUAGUUGGAGAUAUUCUGGAGAGUGUGGCUUCUAAGUGUGUAGUUGGAGAUAUUCUGGAGAUAACCUGGAGGUAAUCUGAGGUAUUCAUGAGUAUAAAUAAAAAAUUAAGAUUUGUUUGAUUUAAAUUAUUCUCCUCAUUGGAAUGGCAGACUUAGUUCAGUGCAAUAGUUGCUAUGCAUUUGUUUCACGUUCCACUUUUUGGAGGUUUGGUUGUUGUCUAAUCUGUAGACAGUUCUCUAUCUUGCAGCAGGAGAUUGUAUUUUUGAAGUCUGAGAUUUGUAAAUUAUCUGGUGAACAAACUCAGACUGGAACUGCUGCAAAGCCACUGCCGCAGAGACAUACUAGGAAUGGCAGAUGGAUUACUGUAGGAUCUGGAAGACUUAGAGUUGUGGAUAAAAGGCAUUUUGCACAGUCUGUUGCUCUACAUAAUUCAUUUUCUGCACUUUCAGAGUGUAAUGGUGUUGUGGAGAAAGGCACUGAGGCUAGUGGUGUUGUGGAGAGAGGCACUGAGACUAGUGGUUUUGUGGAGACCGGCUUGGAGACUAUGGUGAGGCCUAAUAGAAAGCAGUUGUUGUUGGGGGAUUCCAUCAUAAGAGGUGUGGAGAUGGACAAUGCUGGUCUUGUGAGGUGUCUUCCCAGAGCUACUGCUCACAGAGACAAGAGACGUAUCUGUAAUAUUGUUAAGCAAGCAAAGCAGGAAGGGGAAUUGGAUGUACUUGUCCAUCUAGGGACAAAUGACUUGGCUUGCAAUAAGGUUUUAGAGGUUAAGGAAGUUUUUAGUGUUUUUGCCAAUGAUAUACAGGAGGUUGCUUCCACACUGUCAUUCUCUGAAGUUCUGCCUGUGCAUAACACUCAGAACGACAGGCGCAUGCGUAUUAGGGACUUUAAUUUGUGGCUUGGUGAAUGGUGUCAGGAGCAAGGAUUUGGCUUUAUUUCUCAUGGUAGCUCUGUUUGGAAUGGAAAUAAGCUGUACAAAAAAGAUGGUUUGCAUCUUUCUCAAAAGGGAACAAAUGUUCUCAGUGAGCAGUUCAGAGGUUUUGCUAGGAUGUAUUUAAACUAGGAGGGGGGGGCAAAAGGGUGAUAAAACAUCAAUCCAAUUGUCCCCCAAAGCAAGGACAGAAGGUGCCUGUAGCAAGUGUGUUAAAAAAUGAUAAGCUUAGAGUCAUGUCUACAAAUGCUCGCAGUUUAGGGAAUAAGAUCCAUGAACUUGUGGCAAGAAUGGCAACUGAUUGUGUAGAGUUAGUCGCUGUUACUGAGACAUGGUAUAAUGAGAAAAAUGACUGGGACAUAGCAAUACCAGGGUACUCUUUAUAUAGAAAAGAUAGGGAAGGCAAGAAAGGGGGAGGGUUGGCCCUGUAUGUGAAGGAUAGCAUAAAAUCUAACCUAAUAAUAGUUAGUGAGGCAAACAUAGAGUCCGUUUGGGUUACGUUAGAAUUUGGUAAUCACACAGUAACUCGUGUAGGUGUGAUUUAUAGGCCCCCAGGACAAAUUGAAGAGUUAGAUAAUCUACUAGUUGAGGAAAUAGCUAAAAUGACAAUGAAGGGGGAAGUUAUCAUGGGUGACUUUAAUCUUCCUGAUGUAAAUUGGAAAACAAAAUUAGCUACUUGUGCCAGGAGCACACAUAUUCUAAACUCCCUACUGGGAUUGUCUUUAAAACAAGUUGUUGAGGAGCCAAUUCGUAAAGAGGCCAUACUAGAUUUAGUGUUAACAAAUGGAGAUUUGGUAUCGGAUAUUAGUGUAGGCGAAAGUUUAGGAUCCAGUGAUCAUCAGUCAGUGUGGUUUAAUAUAAGAACAGUGACUGAGUCACACCACACAAAAACAAAAAGUUUUAGACUUUAGAAAAACAGACUUUUCUAAAAUUAGAAUAUGUGUAGGGGAGACAUUAUCAGGCUGGAGCAAUUUAAAUGAAGGACAAGAGAAAUGGGAUUAUUUAAAAGUUGCACUAUUGAAGGCAACAGAAAAUUGCAUUAGGCUUGUUAGUAAAAGCAAAAAAGUCAGUAAAAAAGGGGGACAAAACAUUUUAUACAUAAAUGAGAAAAGAAAAGUAAAACAAGGAUUAGUUAGAUUAAAAACAAAAGAAAGGAGGUAUGUAGAAGAGGAUAAAGGUCUAGCUGACUGCCUUAAUGAAUAUUUUUGUUCUGUAUUUACAGAUGAAAAUGAAGGAACGGGACCUCAGUUAAGAAAAAGGAUAAAUGAGUCAUUUAUUACACGUGAGUUUACAGAGGAAGAGGUUCUAUUUCAACUGUCAAACGUAAAGACAAAUAAGUCAAUGGGAUCUGAUGGAAUACACCGAAAGCUAUUAAAAGAGCUUAGUGGUGUACUAGCAAAACCAUUAACAGAUUUAUUUAACCAAUCAUUGUUAACAGGAGUAGUCCCAGAAGAUUGGAAGUUAGCGAAUGUUGUGCCCAUUUACAAGAAAAGUAAUAGGGAGGAGUCGGGCAACUAUAGGCCAGUGAGCCUUACUUCAGUAGUGGGGAAAGUGAUGGAAACCAUGUUAAAGGAUAGGAUUGUUGAACAUCUAAAAACACAUGGAUUUCAAGAUCAGAGACAACAUGGGUUUACUUCAGGGAGAUCAUGCCAAACUAAUCUUUUUUGAUUGGGUAACUAAAAUUAUAGAUCAGGGUGGUGCAGUAGACAUUGCUUACCUAGAUUUCAGUAAGGCUUUUGACACUGUUGCACAUAGAAGGCUUAUCAAUAAACUGCAAUCUUUAAGUUUGGAUUCCAAUAUUGUUGAAUGGGUAAGGCAGUGGCUGAGUGACAGGCAACAGAGGGUUGUAGUUAAUGGAAUAUAUUCGAAGCUUGGACUUGUCACCAGUGGGGUACCUCAGGGAUCUGUACUUGGACCCAUUCUCUUUAAUAUUUUUAUUAGUGAUAUUGCAGAAGGUCUUGAUGGUAAGGUAUGUCUUUUUGCUGAUGAUACUAAGAUAUGUAACAUGGUUGAUGUUCCAGGAGGGAUAAGCCAAAUGGCAAAUGAUUUAGGUAAACUAGAAAAAUGGUCAGAAUUGUGGCAACUGACAUUUAAUGUGGAUAAGUGCAAGAUAAUGCAUCUUGGACGUAAAAACCCAAGGGCAGAGUACAGAAUAUUUGAUAGAGUCCUAACCUCAACAUCUGAGGAAUGGGAUUUAGGGGUGAUUAUUUCUGAUGACUUAAAGGUAGGCAGACAAUGUAAUAGAGCAGCAGGAAAUGCUAGCAUAAUGCUUGGUUGUAUAGGGAGAGGUAUUAGCAGUAGAAAGAGGGAAGUGCUCAUGCCAUUGUACAGAACACUGGUGAGACCUCACUUGGAGUAUUAUACACAGUACUGGAGACCGUAUCUUCAGAAGGAUAUUGAUACCUUAGAGAGGGUUCAGAGAAGGGCUACUAAACUGGUUCAUGGAUUGCGGGAUAAAACUUACCAGGAAAGGUUAAAGGAUCUUAACAUGUAUAGCUUGGAGGAAAGACGAGACAGGGGCGAUAUGAUAGAAACAUUUAAAUACAUAAAAGGAAUCAACACAGUAAAGGAGGAGACUAUAUUUAAAAGAAGAAAAACUACCACAACAAGAGGACAUAGUCUUAAAUUAGGGGACAAAGGUUUAAAAAUAAUAUCAGGAAGUAUUAUUUUACUGAGAGGGUAGUGAAUGCAUGGAAUAGCCUUGCAGCUGAAGUGGUAGAGGUUAACACAGUAAAGGAGUUUAAGCAUGCGUGGGAUAGAUAUAAGGCUAUCCUAACUAGGGACUAAUGAAAGUAUUUAGAAAAUUGGGCAGACUAGAUGGGCCGAAUGGUUCUUAUCUGCCGUCACAUUCUAUGUUUCUAUAUAUAUAUAUAUAUAUAUAUAUAUAUAUAUAUGUAUAUAUAGAAGGCGUAUGCCUGUAGUUGUGGGAGGGAUUUAGGCCUAUUUAAACCCAAGGAACCCAAGCUUACCUGUCUUCGUCGAUUCCGGAAAUCUUCUCCUCGCUUCCGGUAAACGCAGACCUCUGACGUCAUUUUCCCGUGACGCUCGGAAGAACGCUCAGGAACUCACAACGCCAGCCCAGUGAGUUCUUUCACACGAACGGCUCCAUUCAGCAGUUCCCACAAACUGUAAGUCCAUUCUCUCUUGCUCGUUCAAAUCACUAAUAAUAACUCUUUCGCAUGGAAAUUCGACAGGGGGGUUUGCCAUUCGUCCUGUAGCACAUUUCUUAAAGCAACAUAUUCGUUAAAUACAGCAUACGAAUUUCAUGUCUAAAAAUUUAUUUUUCUUCUUCACAAGCUUUCAUUAUUUAAUUUUCUUCGCGUUCGUUGAGUUAAAUUAAUUUUUCAUCUGAUGUCCUGGGCAAAGAAAUGUACUCAUAACAGGGCAAGGAACUUUACAUUUACAAUUUACAUAAAUAAAUAAUUUUGCAUCAAGCAUUUAUUACAACUGUUCACAUGUAUUGUUUCACAGUCCUCAGAAGAUUACUUAGUUGUUUAUUUUGUCAAUAACUAUUAACUAGUCGUCUGACAGCAAUACUAAAUUAGUUCACAUAGAGUCUAUGCAGUAGCUGACGCUCGUACCACAUCAGGGUUGUUGCUUCUCUGGUCACCUUUCUAUGAAUUCGUGUCACGUACGCUGUUCAUUUCUUUCCUUUCUAGGUAUUCAUUUUCGACAGUUGUACUACCAAUUUACGUAGGUCUACACGUUCACGGUUCCGGUUAGUGUAAAAAAAAAAAUAUAUAAUAAUAAAGUCUGCUAACGAAUUUCACUUAUUUUACUCUAUUACUCCUCCCAUCCUUUUUGCAAUAGGAGAUACAGCUUGGGUAAAAAUACCACCUGACCAAACAAACUCUUUAGUGCGUGGCAAGUUCGCAUACAGGUAAGGAUAACAAACGUUUUUUUUUGUUUUAUUUACGUACGUAUCGUCCCUCGUAGUUUAGGUGGCUGGCUGUUAAGGUCAUAGGUACCCAAUAGCGUUAAAUCUCACCCCGGCUCUCUUGCCGUAAAAUAGUGGUCACGCGAGGCCAACACCCAUCCUCAGUUCAGAGGUACUACGUCCCUCGGGCCAAUCCAUAGGUAGCCGCCUCACACGUGACAUAGAGAGGGCCUCACCUGUCACUCCCAUUCUGUCUUAUGAUUACUACUCACCGAGAGGCCAACACCCCGCCACAACGUUCGGUGGCCACGAAAUUCCCUCGCGCCAACUCAUAGAUAGAGCCUCUCAAGCCGCUUGGCACUUAGUAGGGCCUCACCAGUCACCAACCUAGUAUAAUUGCUUCGCCGCAGAGCGGCACUAGCUAGCCAGCCAGCACACUCGCUCACACUCGCAAAAAAAAAUAAAUAAAAAAAAUAAAAAAUAAAAAAAUAUUUUUUUUUUCCUAACAUAACGUCUCCGUUCACGCCCAUAGCAUGUCUAACGAUUCAGUUCAAGAAGAAGACCUAUCACUUGCCAGCACUCCCUCCAGACCUGGCACUCAGCAAAGACAGUCCAGUACGAUGUCCAACUACAGAUCCUGGACUGUCCCAAAAGUCACAGCCGAACUGAAUAAGAGAAACAUUCCCUUUCCGGCUACAGCCAGAAAAGCUGAACUUUUCCGCUUAUUAAACUCUCAAAACAUUGAUGAGUUACCAGGCCCUAGUUCCGAUUCAUUGAUCCAAAAUAGCUUGACAGAAUUACGAAAUAUGAUGACCUCCCUGGUGGCUUCAGUUGCUACCAUAAAUAACAGAUUAGAUAACCUGGAAGCCACUAGUCAAGCUAACAUUCCGGAAGUACAAAUCCCACUAGGACAACCAGAGUCGAGCUCAGGAGUUAACGCCAAUCCAUUUCCUGCUAAAACUUCUAAUAUAAUUAACCCAGUACAUUUGAUACCACAAAAUUUAAAAAGAGAUAUAUUAGAAGGGAAAGAUGUUAAUCUAGCUUCUCUCCUCAUUGCCUCACAGGAUAUAAUCGAAAACAGAGCUUAUACUUUCGACGAUAUAUCUGUGGUAAUGAAAGCUAGAGAUCCUAGGCUCAAUAAAAAACUAAAUAUUCCUGAGUUUGUGCUAGCUUUUGGCUUAUAUAGAGACAUAAUUUGCACUGCCUUCCCACACCGUAGAGAAGAGCUGGAUCUAUAUCUGCACAAACUGGUGGAAUUAGCUUAUAAAUACGGAGGUUACGCGUUCUACGACUACCAUAAGUUCUUUUCUGCUAAGUCAGCCGCAUCAUUGGCCCAAUUCAACACUCCCAUCGAUUGGAGUCAAUUAGAUACAGAAUUAUUCUGUAGACAUUUUGCAGGGCUUAAAUCACCAGCAUGUGCAAUAUGUGCAUCAGCAUCUCAUACUGCAAACUUUUGUCCUAGUAAUAUAGGUGGCCCGUCUAAUAGCAAUACCAGUCCAGACUAUUUCCCUAUUCAAAGGGAAAUGAAAGAUAAGCUAGGGAGACCUAUAGUAUUUCUCGGGAAAGCUCAAGUUUGUAACAACUUUAACGCAGGAGGAUGUAGUUACAGCGCCUGUAGAUUACUUCAUGUUUGCUCAAUCUGCUUCAGAGCACAUGCAAAAACCAUGUGUCCUAACAAACUGUUCCCUAAGAAAGCAAUGACCCCAAUAAACGUAACUAAUUUACAACGUUACUUGACUGAACAUCCUUCUUCUCACUUGGCGAACUUUCUGGUAUCAGGUUUCACGACAGGCUUUCACACAGGUUUGGUAGCACUCCCGUCAGGCAUACUAGAAUGCCCCAACCUACAAUCAGCUAUUACAGACCCAGUCAGUUUAACGGAUCUGCUCAACAAAGAAAUUGAAUUGGGUUUUAUGAUAGGUCCCUUUAAUACUCCACCCUUCACCUCCUGGAGGACAAGUCCACUUGGCAUAGCCACGGGCAAGUUUAACAAUAAAAAGAGGUUAAUAAUCGAUUUUUCAGCACCUCACACUUCCACAUCCCCAAGCUUAAAUUCUCUCAUACCUUCAGAAGACUUUUCACUGCAAUAUGCAAAAAUAGACGAUGCCAUACAUGCUAUCGUCAACAUGGGCGAGGCGGCCUGGUUGAGCAAGACAGAUAUUUCAAACGCUUUCAAACUCCUUCCAAUUAAGCAGUCACUCUGGCAUCUACAUGGUGUGAAGUGGGAAGGGAAAUACUAUUUUGCAACCAGGCUGACCUUCGGCUCCAAAAGUAGCCCAAAAAUCUUCGAUAUAUUCGCUGAAACCUUGAAUUGGCUACUACUAAACAAAUCCAGGUGCCCAGUAGUAAUUCACUACCUAGAUGAUUUUUUAUAUAUCGAGCCUAACUACUACACACCUCAUAGUCUAAGAAAUGCACUAUCCCUAUUUAAUGACUUAGGAGUCCCGAUAGCUCCAAACAAAACAGAGGGUCCUAGUACAGAAAUAACUUUCUUAGGCAUCACUCUUAAUUCCGCAACUAUGCAAGCUAGCCUCCCUCAAACGAAAGUAGACAGAAUUCUUACUAACAUUCACAACUGCACCAACCAAGGGUCUUGUACCAGGAAAGAGUUGCAGUCACUUUUGGGGUCUCUUAACUUUGCCAUGAGAAUUGUCCCUCAAGGCAGGUCUUUCAUCUCUAGGCUUCUGUCUCUCCUACACGGCCUCCCUGACGACGACACUAGAAUAAAUCUAGACAAUCCUGCAAGGGCCGACCUAAAAAUGUGGGAACUAUUUUUAACAACAUGGAACGGUUGGUCACUAUUUAUUCCCCCCAUAUCAGAUGAGUCCCCGGUUAUCUGGACAGACGCAGCGGCUACCGUCGGGUAUGCUGCAAUAUUUGAGGACGAAUGGGUGUACGACAGUUGGCCACCCGAAACAGUUACCCUAGAAAAAUUUGACAAAACCUCUGCUUUUUUCGAAAUUUUCCCAAUAGUGGCAGCAGCUCUCAUCUGGGGAAAUUGUUGGAGGGGGAAAGCAGUGAAAUGUUACUCUGACAACCAAGCAGCAUGCGACAUAAUUAACAAAGGCCGUUCUCAGUCCCUGCCAAUCAUGAGUCUUGUAAGAAAACUUACAUGGUUGGCUGCAAAUUUACAGUUCUAUAUGCAUUGUAUCCAUGUUCCCGGUGUCUUAAAUAACGCAGCUGAUGCUUUGUCUCGUUUUAAUUUGCAGGAAUUUUUCAAACUACACCCUACAGCAAACAAACAAUCCAUAAAUCCCCCACAAUUCAAAGACCUAAUCAUGCUCUAAAUCAGUUGCUAAAACACAGUAGAAUUCUUGCACAGGCAGCCUUAUCGGAAAACACAAAAAAAGCUUACGAUAGGGCAUUUGACCUGUUCAAAAAGUUUGUACGAGAUUUUAAUAUAAUAAACUGUUUUUCUGUAGAAACUAUGGUUGCUUUUUCAACUUUUUGCCACCUCUCAUUAAAACUAGCCUACAAUACCGUCAAACUUUACUUAACAGGAGUACAACAUUUCAUGCUAAUACUUUACCCGAACAAGUCCCCUUUCUUGUCCACAUACCCCAUAAAAAGUAUACUAAAAGGUAUCCAGAGGCAAAAGUCACAUAAAGCCCUAAAAAGACUCCCCAUAGACAGUAACAUCUUUAAAGAAAUCUCCAAUCUAUUAGAUAAAAAUCCUUUUGAAAAUAACACUAACCAAGUAAUUAAGGCAGCAGCGUAUCUAGCCUUUUUUUGGGUUCCUCAGACCUAAAGAAUUUUCAGUGGAAAAAAUAUCCGACACGAAAAAUUGUCUCAAACAAGGAAACUUAACUAAAGUAAAUGAUAAUUUCAUACUAUCAAUUCCCCGCACAAAAACUAACCAAUCAGGCCCCCCAGUAGACGUUAAAUACUUUCCUUCCGGUUCCAUAUGGUGCCCAGUACAAGUGCUGGAUAAUUUCAUACUGAAUCAACAAAUUAAAAGUCCAGAUUUGCCUCUGUUGGCCCUACAAGGUAAGCCCCUCACCACUAAACAAUUCAUGCUAUACAUCCGCGCUUUGCUCCUUAGACUAGGCCUCAAUCCUAAUUCCUUCACGGGACACUCAUUCCGCAUCGGAGCAGCCACAGCAGCCUCAAGUAGUCAAGUACCAACACAUAUUAUAAAGAAAAUGGGCCGUUGGAAAUCCUCCGUGUAUAACCAGUACAUUCCAAACUCGGAGAAAGAGAUCAGACUCGCAUUUUGUAAUAUGUCUAAAUAAUGAUGUUGUAAUAAAUGAUGUUUACUUACUUUUUGCCCUCUUUUUUUACAGGCCUAACCUCUCGUCGGUUUCGGCACAUCUCAACCGACUCUCAUUUUCAAAAUAUAACUCACCAUUUUAAGUGUACGCCCCCUUUCAUAAUCCCGUACACAAAUAGAAGGCGUAUGCCUGUAGUUGUGGGAGGGAUUUAGGCCUAUUUAAACCCAAGGAACCCAAGCUUACCUGUCUUCCUCGAUUCCGGAAAUCCCCUCCCACCACACCCUCUUUUAAUAUCAAUAAUUCAGGGUGGGCCCUCUUUUUUUACAGGCCUAACCUCUCGUCGGUUUCGGCACACCUCAACCGACUCUCAUUUUCAAAAUAUAACUCUCCAUUUUAAGUGUACGCCCCCUUUCAUAAUCCCGUACACAAAUAGAAGGCGUAUGCCUGUAGUUGUGGGAGGGAUUUAGGCCUAUUUAAACCCAAGGAACCCAAGCUUACCUGUCUUCCUCGAUUCCGGAAAUCCCCUCCCACCACACCCUCUUUUAAUAUCAAUAAUUCAGGGUGGGCCCUCUUUUUUUACAGGCCUAACCUCUCGUCGGUUUCGGCACACCUCAACCGACUCUCAUUUUCAAAAUAUAACUCACCAUUUUAAGUGUACGCCCCCUUUCAUAAUCCCGUACACAAAUAUAUAUAUAUAUAUAUAUAUAUAUAUAUAUAUAUACAUAAGCAAUAUCCUUGCACUCACGCUUUUAAAGUCUUGUACUUAAGUUUAAACAGUACAGUUGCCGGGUGCCGGUGCCUUUAGGGAUUAAAUAGUAUAUACAAAAAUAGAAAAGUAGGGGCUGCACUCACGGUCUUGGUAUCAAAGUAGAAAAAUUAAUUUUAUUCCAUGUGUCACAAACGACGUUUCGGUCCGCACAGGGACCUUCCUCAGGAUAAAGUGAAGCACAAAUACAAGUGACAACUGUAACAUAUAUAUACACAUACUAAUAAAUAGGUAAUGACUUACCCAGGUGAAAUUUAUAUCGCCCGGCGUUCCCCAAACUUAACCGCGCAUGUGCAAGCCCUCUGUGAACCCGCAUUAACCCGCGUCCACCUGCGUGAUGACGUCACCAUGCGUCGUCGUCAAGGCAACGCGACGCCAUCACCAUAGACACCGUGUUGCAUACCCGCACAGCUAUACGCCGGAUUUGAUCGUGUUACGAUCAAUGAUAAAAAAUAAACAAUAAAAUGGAAGAAAAAGAGCUAAACAAAUUAUAAAUAAAUAAUAAUAAUAAUAAUUGUGGAAAUUAAUGUGCCUACUUAGACUUACCAAUGUGAAUCUAUAGUAUAACAAUCUAUAAAUCAGCAAACAGACCACCCAUAGGCUAGGUACUAAGAAACAUCUUGAAGAAGAUUAAUUUCAAUAAUUUUAAUAAUUUUAAGAUACUACCUGCUUCAAUUGAUACUAAGCUAAAUAUAGCUGUAUCAAAUCUUUUAUGCUACUUAAGUAGUAUCUUAUAUCUUCUAAGCACGAAAGUCCAUAUCAAUUUCCAAGACUUACAAUGGAUAAUUAGACAAUCCAUGAAAUAGGUUAUUAAUUUUAUGUGUAUCCUCUAAGCUAAGUUUAUUUGCAAUAGAGGAACCAACCUAUUAAUGAGGAGAUUUUAAAUAUACAUUUUUUCUCCCAUGUCUUGGGUAUAUAUAUAUGGUCUGUUAUGCUGAACAUAGAAAGAACUAAAAAUUAAAAAUUGAAAUCAAAUAUAUCAGAAUAUCUAAAGGUCAGUAUGCACAUCUCCAUAUAGGAUCAGAAGGUGUUAAUUUUUAAGGUCUUAAAAAAUAAAUAAAAAAAUAAAAAAAAUUAAAUUUUCAAACUUCUUAAACUAUUUAAACUUUUCUAAACCUAAAAUUAAGUGAAUGGCUUUAGGAUAUACUGUCACUAUAAGCUCUUAUUCAUUAUUAAUUAUUUAUUAAUUAUUUUAGUUAUAUAGUUUAAUUUGCAAUUUAAUUUCUUUAGUUAUUAUUUAUUAUUAAUUCACCCUUAAAUCUACAAUGGGUAUACCUACUGAGACCUCAAAGAUAUGUGAAUACCUUCCAAAAACAUUCCUAAUUGCCAGCAGGAUAAAUAGAACAAGAGCUUCCUUAUUCAAAAAAUAGAAAAAGGAAAAAGAAACAUAUUAAAUAAAGGAGUGAUACGUCAGUAUCUCAUUUAGUCCUCUGGGUGAAACUGUAUCCAGUUUAAAUAUCCAAAAGGUUUCUUUAUUCAACAACAUCUUGCUUCUAUCACCUCUAGUGAUGUCGCGAACGUGAAUUUUCGGUUCACGAACGGUGAACGCGAACUUCGGCAAAUGUUCGCGAACCCGCGAACCGGGCGAACCGCCAUAGACUUCAAUGGGCAGGCGAAUUUUAAAACCCACAGGGACUCAUAUUGGUUGAAGGGGGGGGAGACCUACUCUCCUCCCCCCCGGCCCCCACCCCUGGGCGGCGGGUGGGGGCCAUAAUGAUAAUGAGGGGGGGACCUACUGCCCCCCCUUGGCCCCCACCCCUGCGCGGCGGGUGGGGGCCAUAUUGAUAAUGAGGGGGGACCUACUGCCCCCCCCGGCCCCCACCCCUGCGCGGCGGGUGGUGGCCAUAUUGAUAAUGAGGGGGGGACCUACUGCCCCCCCCGCCCCCAUCCCUGCGUGACGGGUGGGGGCCAUAUUGAUAAUGAGGGGGGGCCUACUGCCCACCCCCGGCCCCCACCCCUGCGUGGCGGGUGGGGGCCAUAUUGAUAAUGAGGGGGGGGACCUACUGUCCACCCCCCCUCCGGCCCCCACCCCUGGGCGGCGGGUGGGGGCCAUAAAGACUAAUGACCUACUGUUAAUGCGGGUUCACAGAGGGCUUGCACAUGCGCGGUUAAGUUUGGGAACGCCGGGCGAUAUGAAUUUCACCUGGGUAAGUCAUUACCUAUUUAUUAGUAUGUGUAUAUAUAUGUUACAGUUGUCACUUGUAUUUGUGCUUCACUUUAUCCUGAGGAAGGUCCCUGUGCGGACCGAAACGUCGUUUGUGACACAUGGAAUAAAAUUAAUUUUUCUACUUUGAUACCAAGACCGUGAGUGCAGCCCCUACUUUUCUAUUUUUGUAUAUAUAUAUAUAUAUAUAUAUAUAUAUAUAUAUAUAUAUAAUGUAGAUUGGAUUAGCUGUAUUAGUCCAGUAGACAAGAUGCCCAAAUACCAGUCUAUUGCAGUAUGCAAUGAUACCUUUUUUUAUUGGACUAACAUAAUAUUUCAAAGACAAGCUUUCAAGAAUGUUCCUCUCCAUUUCAUGUCUGAAGCAAUACUGAUCAAUCUGAUAGAGUUUAACACUUAAAACAACUGAUGUUAGAGAAGGGGAGGGAGGGGGGGUGUGGGGUGUCACAAAUAGCAGAAGAUGUGCCUAAAAGUGAAAGGUGCAGGUUAGCUGAGAAUAGCCAGAAAAAGUAAAUAAACAUAGGAGAGUCAAUAAGCUAGUUAAAAAGAAAAAAAAAACACAAAAAACUAAACAAGAAAACAGCAGAGUAGGACAUGCACGUAAAUAGCUGCAUAUAUGUAUGUAUGUAUGUAAAUUGAUCCAAUAAAGGUGAAGCGAGAAUGUUGAAAAUGAACCAUAUAAGACAUUAAGAUGUGUGUUUAUAUAAAGUUUUGGUAGUGUGUGAAAAAGCCAGAAUCUACAUUAAGUCCUUCAUUUCUGGUGAUAAAAUGUGUGAUCAUUUUCAUCUCAUAUGUCUUUCAUUCAUUAGAGUCCUUGAAAUUUCAUUUAAGAACUUUAAUCCUGAGGUUUUGGAUGGAGUGACCAGUCUGGGUGAAGUGAUGGCCAAUAAUCACUCCCGGAGCUGCAAACGAACUAUGACUUACCAAACUCAUUAAUGUUCUCUUACCUGCCACUGUUGGUCAUCACUUCACUCAGACUGGUCACUCCAUCCAAAGCCUCAGAAUUAAAGUUCUUAAAGGGAAUAUAUAUAUAUACAUAUAUAUAUAUAUAUAUAUAUAUAUAUGCCUAUAUAUACAACUACAUCAAGGCAUAUACAACUUCUCACUCCACUCUACAGACUACAAAAAUAGUAAACGGGUAUGGGAUAGCUACCCUGUGCAACUGAGACCUACAAGGUGUAACUAUAUCCUACUUGAUGUACAUUAGGGUGGCACUACCCAUUAUACACUCCAUAUGUCAGACUUCCUGAACCCAACAUGUUUUCUGUUUUACCCUAUUUACGGUUCAAAUCCUCCCUAGGUUCCUACUCUCCACCCCCUUAUUUAUUUGUAUUUUUCAUGAGCAGCUGUUUAUGUGAUACACUGUAAACUAAAUUUAGCUGCCUAUCUAGGCAAAGAUAGGAUCUUCAAUGAGCUUAGGCAAAAUAAGGGACAGUUCUAAACAAAGUACAACAGGCCAAAGAGUGCAAAGACCCUCGAUGAUUCAUACCAGAUUCUCAUAACCUGUUGCAUCACCACACAGGUUGUAAUAACUGUAAUAAAAUGUAUGCUUUAAAUGAACAAAGUUAUUAACGUAUGAUGCGGUUUACCAUAUAUGUACUUUAUUACUGAUUGUCAUAAACACUAAAACAUAAAUGUCUUAUCUCCCCCUCCCUUCUCUUUUUUCUUUACCACCAUUAUAUUCAUUAACUGCUUUCAAUAAACAACAAAUUGAAAAUAAAGUAUCCAUCACCUAUCCUGUUUUAUCUCUCCUCACUAAUCUCUAUUAGUCUAGGACAGUGGUUCCCAACCUAGUCCUCAAGUACCCCCUAACAGUCCAGGAUUUAAAGAUUAAUCAAUAGGGUCUAAGGUGUAUUUGGGGAAAAAAACAAAAAACACCUUAGACACAACAGGGUAAUACCUAAAUCCUGGACUGGUAGGGGAGGGGGUACUUGAGGACUCGGUUUGGAACCCCAAGUCUAGGAUUUAUAUCCUCAGUAUCUUCUCAUGCAGGAUCAGAUUUCCUUUGAGGCACAGACCAGCCUAUUGGUGCCUGUUUUCAGCACUUAUAAUGUGCCUCUUUGACCUUAAAUAGGUAAGAUAAAGUAUGAGGAGUCUUGGCCACUGACUGCAGUCCAGUCAGCCUUAAUAGCAGAUCUGAAGAAACAGUUUUAGAGAACGUAAAACUCAAUGCUGUCCCAGCUCAUCUGGUGUAUGUGUGUGAGGUUGGACAGGAAGAGGAAGUGAUCAGUCCCCAUCUCCCCAAUAGUAACCUCUUAUACUGAUAGGGUAGCCACCUUUCAUGAAAAAAAAAAAAUUAUAUAUAUAUAUGUAACAUCACAUAGUAUGACAUCACAGUAUGAAAAUAACAAGGAGGCAUAAGAGUGACAAAAAAAAAAACAUUUAGUGGGUGGAAAAUGUUGUAAAUCACAAAAAAACUAAAUGCAGUUUGAUUUGGGGAGAUUGCUCUGCAGUUUGGAGAAAUUGGACUGCUCUUCUGAGUGCUCACUCAAUGAACCCAGCAGCAGGCUGUCUGCGUCACAUCCCUGUCUACAUCAUAUACAAUAAGUACAAAUACAAAGGGGGUUUAUCACUAAAUACAAAAUUGUAAUGAUUUGUAAUGUCAAUGGCAAAAUGUAGGUUCAAAUAGCCAAGCUUUGCUUAAGUUGAAUUGGAUAAAUGUUAAGUUAUUUUUGUCACUUCACUAUAUUUCACAUUUAAUGAAUAAAGCUCUGUAGUUUAUUACCUAAACUCAAGAUGUUAAUGUAGAGAAUUGAAGGCCAAAGAAGUGGAUUUGGAAAAAUCCUCCAGUUCUGCUAUAGUUCCGGUAUGGCUAUUUAUGACGUGAAUCUUACAAUUUGUUUUUGUGGUGAAUUUAUGAGGCAUGUUAUGAGCACACUAUAGACACAUAAAGCAAUUCAGCUUACUGAAGAGUUUCAUAUCUCUGGAGUUUGUCAUAAAAAAAAAGUUUAUAGAAGUGCAGAUUUCAUAUCAACACUGUCAUUCUACAUGUGGGAAGUUUCUAAUUCCAUUAGCUCGACAGAGCAUGCCUUUCUCCCCCCCCUACCCCCCUCCUUCUCAGUGAGUAGUACUACAGUUCAGUGAGAAGCAUUGAAAAGCCACGAUCAUAUGUAACUACAUGCAUAACUCCAGCACAGAAGCUUCUCAGUGAGAAUCCUCUGACUGGACUAUUCACCAGCAUAUAUUUUUUCAUGUGUGGAGGUAUAUCUACUAAAUAGUGAAAAAAACAUCCAUUGAGUUUUCCUUUAAUUCAGUAAUGUAUUUAAGGGAUACCAUUGUGUAACUCCUCUAAUUUUAUGUCUCCAAAGUUUACUACCCUCCUCAUUCUCUCUUCAUCUCACCUCCCCAUGCUUAACCCCUAGCUGUAUCUCUGAUCUUUUAUCAAACCCAUGUGUGUUUCUCCACCUAUCCAAACUCCAUCUGUGUCUCUCAUAAUGUCUAAUCCCCCAUCUGGGACUCUCCAUGUGUCCAAACCUCCAGCUGUACCUCUUCAUCUGUCUAAACCACAUCUGUGUCUCUCCAUCUGUUAACCCCCAUCUGUGUCUCUUCUCUUGUUGGUCUUGCUACACACAGUGGCAAGAGGGAAGCAGCACAGCACAGUGCUCCUCCCCUGCCGUUUACCUGGCAAUCGCAGGCCCCAGGCCACUGCGGCAUAAUACUGACUCUAAAGGUAUGAUGGCCCACGGUCGCAGGGGUCGCAGAGUGAAGGGCUUGUUUGCCGGGGUCGCAGCUAGUUGGUAGCAAGGUGGUAGUUACAUCACUGAGCACUAUGUUUUUAAAUUCACAUUUAGUACUGAGAAUCACUAAUUAACUGACUGAGACUGUGGUCACUUUUAAAAUAAAGAUUAUACAAGCCAUCAGGGCUUGGAUUUAUGAGGCUUUGGAUUUUUAUUGCUAAAUGGACUUCGUAGAGUAGGAUCAGGGAGGUUAGCUGUUCAUACACUGAAUUUGGGAAAAAUCUGCAAUGGAAAUUUCAGGCUGAGAGUGCAGUUAUCUAAAUGUACAAUGUACAAUGCAUUAUAAAACUAAAAAAAGAAAAAAAACUCUUUGACAGAAUAUUUUGGGAGUGGAGUUCUGUAGAGGGCACAUAACAAAAUAAGGGGCGGUGUCCUUCAAGGGGAGUGAAACUAAAUGAAUACUUUGUGUAGCAUGCACCUCAUCUUGGUGUUUGGGCGGGUCAUGGUCUCAUUCCACAUGAAUUCCCAAUUUCUCCAAUACCCUAGGUUAUCCAAAGUUUUCUUCGAUUUUGCAGGCACUCG